AUGUCAAACAAACUCAACCGAAUCGACUACACGCAAGUGGGUCUCACCUCCAAGAACUCGUUCAAACUCAUCAAACAGGGUGUUGUGGGCGCAGACAAUGGCACCAUCGCUGCCGUCGUCGGCGAUCACUCCGGUUCUGUUCACUGCUUUACACUUAGACCCGACUCGUCAAACAUCGACACCGUAUUCAAGACACUGCCCGGCCCGAACGCAAAGAUCAGUUGCAUUGAAGUGAUCAACAGUUCCAAUAGCGGCGGUUCGCCGAAGAUUCUGGUGGCGUUUGGGUCGUCAGUAAUCAGGGGUUAUAAUAAAAAGGGGAAACAGUUUUUCGGUUUAGAGUUGAAUAACUUAACGGAACCGAUAAAGUGUCUGAAGAUGCGGUGGCCCAACGAGAUCUUCAUUAGCGGACAUUAUAUUUACAACAAUUAUGUCAUCACAGAG